AUGGAACUUGGAGAAUGUGUUUGGCCUAUGCACAACAAUUUUAAGAAAUCGUUUCCUUCAAUUAUUUUGAAGGACUUGAUUUGGGAGGCAGCUCGAGCAACUAAUAUUCAUGGCUUCGAGAAGGCGAUGAAUGAAUUGAAGGAAGAGAAUGAGCAAGCAUACAAGUGGUUGGAAGAUCACACAACGAAGGAGAAUUGGAGUCGAGCCUUCUUUGGGUUUGAAGCAAAAUGUGACAUCCUUGUUAAUAACAUUUCUGAAUGUUACAACAAGGUCUUACUAUUUGCUCGGGAGAAGCCGUUGUAUGGGAUGCUCGAGUAUAUUAGGAUGUAUCUCAUGGAUAGGUUUACCACAAGGAGGAAGAUGGGGGCAAGGUUGGAGGAUGCUUUUGGCCCAAAAAUCAGAAAGAAGCUUGAGAAGACGAAGGAGGAGAUUGGAGAAUGCAUGGUGAAAGAGGCCGGGGAGUGCAUUUAUCAAGUCAAUACAAAGUGGAAUGACCAAUUUGUUGUCGACCUACGAGACCGCACUUGUAGCUGCAGGCGCUGGAUGUUGACUGGAUUACCGUGUCAACAUGCCAUUGCAGCGAUUGAGAUGACUUCGGAGAAUGUUGACGACUUUGUCGCAAAGUGCUACUCCAAGGAAACCUUCGAAAUGGUGUAUGGAGCCAUCAUCUAUCCAGUCCAAGGACCGCAACUAUGGACAAAGACGGCCCACCCGAAUGUUAUUCCACCCGAGCUGACCAAGCUGCCCUGA